AUGCUGGUCCAAGGUGAUGGUGGCCCCGACAGAGACGCGGCACCCGCUGGGUUCUGCAAGGGGAAACCCGGCGCGGGCCCGGGCGCCCAGCCCCUGGACAGCGCUCGCGCCCCGCUCCCGCCCCGCCCGGCCGCGCCGCAGCCCGCGCCCCGCUUCUCGGCCUCCGGACCCGCGGGGCUCCCGCCAAGGGCCGGCCCCAUAGGACCGACGCGAGCUUCUGGAUCCCCGGGGCCACAGCAACGCCCGGAGCCGCCGGGCAUCGGGACCCCGCGAGCUGCGGUGGGGUCGGCCCGCGCCCCCCACCGCGGCGCCUCGCUUCGAGCCCCCGAGGAGGCCCUCCCCUCCACCCCCGGGGUCUCACCGGGCCCCGGCCUGGGCCGUGGGGCGGGGGUCUGUCUCAGGGAGGGGGGAAGCCUCGGGUGCGAGCAGGGCGCGGGCACGAGCGCGAGCUGCCGCCGCCGCCGCCGCCAGUGGUCCCCGAGCGGCCGCCACCGCCUUCUCUCGGCGCCACCCCCACCGGCCCCCGCCCCGCGCCCGCCCAUUGGCUCCGCGCGCCCGGAGCCGCCUCCGGGGCCCCGAGCUGCAGCCGACCCUCCUCUGCGCUUUGUCUUCCCUUCGCUCGCCGGCCCCCGCCUUUGUCUGCCCCCCACGCCGGCCCCUCGCAGCCCGCGGACCCCUCGAUCGCCGCCGCCUCGGGACAACCGACGGCGAGGGGCUCCAGGCGACGUUUCGGGUUUCAAAGGUCCCUGUCCCCCGCCACAUGCUGUAGAGGCCCCGCAGCAAGAGCGAUCCGGCUGGAGAGAACCCGGGGGCAGACCUGAGGGUCCCCAGGACCGGCUCAAGCCCCCGUUCUGUCACCCUGCAGCCUAG